AAUUUGCACUACUGUACACCGCUUAUCUUAUCCUUGUAUCAACUGUAAUAGUUGAAAGGAUUUUACUAAAUCACUAUAGAAAGGUCUCUUCCCUUCAAAACCCCAUCUCCCACUCCCUUCAUAUAAAGCACAGUACCGUGACCGGUGACAGGACAAAUCACGGCACUAGACACCACCAUCCUCUUACCUUCCCGGUUUCCCGGCGUGCGUCACACAUGGAGGUGGCAGCCGCGGAUUCCUCCGGCGGCGACCGUUACAGGUCUCACCUUACCGGCGACGGCGAGAAGAACACGGUGUGGCGGCACGGCGCUCCACCCACGUACGACGCCGUGAACAGCCUCUUCGAGGCCGAGAGGACCCAGGAGUGGCCGGCGGGGUCGCUGGAGGAGACGGUGCAGAACGCGAUCAAGACGUGGGAGAUGGAGCUGUCUUACAAGGCCAAGCUCGAGGACUUCAAGUCGGUGAGCCCCGGUCGGUUCCGUCUCUCCGUGAACGGCGGGCGGCCGCUCACCGGGGAGGAGACGCUCGCCGUGGGCAGCUACAACGCGCUGCUCACGAGCCCGAUCCUGCCGGGCGCCGGCGCGUACGACGCCGCGGCCGAGACGUUCGAGUCCUCCCACGAUCUGUUCCGCGCGGCCUUCCCGCGCGGGUUCGCGUGGGAGGUGAUCCGCGUCUACUCCGGCCCGCCGGUGAUCACGUUCAAGUUCCGGCACUGGGGCCACAUGGACGGCCCCUACAAGGGCCACGCCCCCACCGGCGACAAGGUCGAGUUCUACGGCGUCGCCGUCCUCAAGGUGGAUGAGCAGCUGCGGGCGGAGGACGUGGAGGUGUACUACGACCCAGGCGAGCUACUGGGGGGCCUUCUCAAGGGGCCCCUGCUGGUGCCGUCCGCGGAGGAGGAGGACGCGCGUCAGCUCGGCGAGAGGCUCGGCGAGGCGGCUAUCGUGUCGGCGUCAGGCGCGGCCCCGCAGUCGCAGGCCUGCCCCUUUCUCGCCUCCGCGAAGCGGGAGGAGUGAAAGGGACCGAUCGAGCGGCGACGACAUGGUCGAGCCGAAUAGCGAAACGUGCCCCGUUCAUCUGUCGUCGCUGUAACCGCCCGGCGUUUCGCCAUCAUGAUGGAGGUGACACCGGCUGAAAACGUUUAUUUGCUCGUGUGUAGCGUGUGUGCUUAUGGUGUUGUUAAAUGCUUUGUACGAUUCGGUUGGAUUUUAAAGCUGGCGUCACAACGCCUGACUUCUUUAGUUGCUUUAGUGAUACUAAUCCACUUAUGUGGGAAGAAAAAAAGGCGCACCAGGUGAUACGAUUGGAUUU